AUGGCCAUCGUGGUCGGGUCGAUUAUCGGGUCGGGCAUAUUCUCGACGCCGUCAUUGAUACUGCAGGAGGUGGGGUCGACAGGCAUGACGCUUCUGGUGUGGAGCCUUGGCGGGGCGAUCAGCCUGUGCGGCUGCUUGUCGUACAUGGAGCUGGGCACGAUGCUGCCAAGGAGCGGCGGCGAGAAGGAGUACCUGGACGUGGCGUUCCCGCGGCCCAGAGCCAUGUUUUCGUACAUGUUCUGUCUAUGCGGCGUCUUUAUUUCCAGCGCGAGCGGGGCGGCGGCAGACGCGGUGGUUACCGGAGCGUAUUUUCUGUAUGCAGCCAAUGGGUCAAGUGUGAAUGCCGACGGGCAAAUAUCGAAGCAUGCCGAGUGGAUGCAGCGCCUGGUGGGUCUGGGCGUCGUUAUGUUCUGCACCAUGGCCCAUGCCGUGUUUGUGCGGCAGGCUAUCCGCCUGCAGAACCUGCUGACGGUGCUCAAGACCGUGCUGCUGCUGGUAAUUGUGCUGGUCGGGCUGGUCGGGCUGGCGGGCGGUCUGCGGAUCGACAGCCCGCAUAGUUUCAAGAACCCCUUCCACGGUACAGUCCAUGAUGCCAGCGCAUACUCGUCGGCGCUGUUCAAGGUGUUUUUCUCCUAUGCCGGCUACACAACCCUGAACUACUCGAUUGACGAGCUCAAAGACCCAUUGAAGAACUUGCCGCGCGCGGCUAUCGGCGGCCUGCUGGUCACCACCGCCCUGUAUAUUCUGACCAACAUUGCGUACUUCUCCGUGCUCACGCCCGACGCCAUCAUGCGCUCGAAUACGGCUGUCGCCGGCGUCUUCUUCUCGCAUGCCUUCAAUGAGACCUGGGGCCACCAGGUCGUCCCCGUGUUCAUCGGCCUGGCAGCCUUCGGCACUGUCAUGUGCAGCGUGUUCACGAUGUCGCGGAUUAUCUUCGAGGCUGCGCGUGAGGGCUUCCUGCCAUGGGGCCACACGAUCGGUCAGGUCAGCCGCUUCCAGUCGCCGCUAUAUGCAUUGGCCAUCACGUGCAUCAUCUGCGUCCUCUACAUUGUUGUGCCACCGCCAGGCGACGCGUACAACUUUUUGAUCGACAUUGGCGGAUACCCGACGUGGUUCUUCUGCGGCCUGUCGGUGGUCGGCCUGCUUGUUAUGCGCAGGACACACAGCGGCCUCGACCGCCCGUACAAAACCUGGGUCGUCACUAAUCUGGUCACCAUUGCCACCGCCGUGUACAUGUGCAUUGUACCGUUUAUCAAGCCGAAGACUGGCGUGGGCAGUAGCGACGACUCGUCAAUUCCAUACUGGGCCGCCCCGUUCUCGGGUCUGCUGUUCAUUGCUUUCUCCUGUGCUAUGUGGUACAUUCGGAUUGUCAGGCAGCGUGGGCUGGAGACUUCUUAUUACGCAAGGUUUGGAUACCCAACAAAAUCGCUAGUUUAG